GCGGUCCCUCUCCAGCCCCGCCAGAGCCAAUCCGCGGCGGGGUGUAAAGUAGGGCAAGCCGCUUCCUGGUUCAAGGAGGAGCUGCCUGGAGUUGGAAUGGGCCAGCGGAGUCAGAGAGGGGGGAGAACAGCCCAGCGAGCCGGCGGUCUGCAAAGAGAGAGCCAAGGCAGGGGGGUAUAAACGCCGGCAGAGAGACAAGAAGAGGCGGAUAUUACAGAGAACUCCCGGGCGAUACGUGGUUCGUCAGAGGGACUGGUGUGAGAUUUUGGACAGUGCCGAGAGAGCGGUGAACCCCGGGGAGCGAGAGGGGUGGGAGUGGUGGUGGUGGGAGUGAAUCCAGGAAGUACAGAAGCCGGUCAGGUGGGACGCGACGAGAUAACAUAGGUGACACCGGCGCACAGCUUUGUAUCCCUGGAAACCUUUUGGCUCUGCUGGAGAAGAACAGAAACAGGAAGGAGUGGAAAAUAGAGAGGGAGGAAGAGAGCAGGGACCCAUCCUCCUCUGAGUUUAUGGACUGGAGGUGGCGAUGUCUCCAGGAGAGGACGGUCUGAUCGGGAUCCCCUUCCCAGAGCACAGCAGCGAGAUCCUGUUCCGCCUUAACGCCCAGCGCAGGGCGGGGCUACUCUGUGACCUCACCCUGACCUCGCGGGGUGCCCGCUACCCCACCCACCGCUCCGUCAUGGCUGCCGUCAGCCUCUACUUCCGCGGGCUGUUUGGGGCGGAGGAGGGGGCCGAGGCAGGGGGKGAGGCGGGGGGAGGAGGAGGGUUCAGUGUGUGCCAGCUGGACUGUGUCGCGCCCGAUGCCCUGGAUGCCCUGCUGGAGUUUGCCUACACGGCCACCCUGACCAUCCGCAGCUCUGGCAUGAGAGACGUGUUGAGAGGAGCUCAGUUACUGGGGAUCCAGUGUGUGGUUGAUGCCUGUAGAGACAUACUGGGGGAGACGGCGGGGGAGGUAGAGUGGGAGACGGGGGAGGAGAGGGUACAGGCGGAGAGGGAGAGAAGGGUGGAGAGGGGGAUGAAGAAAGGCUCCCGGAGGAAGAUAGACAGACGGAGAGUCACCAAGGUGGAGUCAUCGCACCACCAACCACUGCCUCAUCGCCCCAACAUCAACACACACCAGCACCCCUCCACUCCUCCUCCACACCCCUCACCUGUUCAAGAUGGGGCCCACUCUCAUCCCUCCACCCGACCCCCCASCCCUGAGCAGGAUGAACACCCCCCCACCACGGGACAGAACGGGGAGCGGAAGCAGGGCAGGGAUGCAGGGAGAGGGAGUACAGCAGUCAACGGAGGGGUGCACUGGCCUCAGGAGCGACUYCUCGCCCCCCACCCCCCUCUCCCCCUCUCAGACGACAGGCUGUCAGAAGACGAGGAGGAGAUGGAGGGAGUGGGGAACGGUGGGGUGCCCAGCUUUACUUCCGCCCCCCUGGCAGAGCAAGGGGUGGCCACGGGGGCAGGAGGAGGGGGUAGGAAGAGGAAGUCUCAGACCCCCCAGCAGUGUCCUGUCUGUCAGAAGAUCAUCCACGGAGCAGGGAAGCUGCCCAGACACAUGAGAACACACACCGGGGAGAAACCAUUUGAGUGCUCUACCUGCGGGGUCCGCUUUACCAGGAAUGACAAGUUGAAGAUCCACAUGCGUAAACACACAGGGGAGCGUCCGUACCCUUGCCCCCACUGCCCCGCCCGCUUCCUGCAUUCCUACGACCUGAAGAACCACYUGUCUCUCCAUAGYGGGGCRCGCCCCUUCGAGUGCCCGCUCUGCCACAAGGCCUUCGCCCGCGAGGACCACCUCCAGCGCCACCGCAAGGGCCUCAGCUGCCUGGAGGUCCGUACCCGGGCACGGCCGAGGCGCGGGCCUGGGGCUGACCACGGGGAAGAGGGCAGAAGGGCUAGAGGAGGAGGAAGAGGGUAUUCUCCAGACCAACUCGACCCGCUGGAGAAUCUGGCCCUGCAGCCCCACGCCUCAGCAUUCCACCCCCGUGUUGGAAUGGUUGGCCUAGGGGAUGGGGCUGAGGCUGGGGGUCAAAUGGUGUUCCAGGAGGAGGCUGACAGGGAGCAAGCUAUAGCCCUCCUAGGGCCUCACAGGUUACCCUACCCUGGUCUGCUGUGGAGAGGCCUGGAGCUGGGGGUGAGAGGGGUGGAGGGGGAGGCAGAGGAGGAUGAGGAAGACGAGUGAGAAGAGAG